CACAACACGCGCGCUGCGCACUUGGCUGAAGAUCUCUACUUUGUACUUGUACUUGAAUAGGUCUCCUCGACUCAUCUCUGAGUGGCCUGCGUCAAAGUCGUCCCCCCGUCUGCACAGCGUCAUUGCGCCAUACUUGGUGGUCGUGGGUAAUCGUCUUCAGGUCUUCUAGAGUCAGACUGGGUUGGUGCAUGGUCCAGAAGAUCUCCACACUCUAACCUAAAUGCGAGACUGUGGCAUUGUCACUAUGGAGUGCUGUAAGGAAAAUACUGCGGUUAACGUCGGGUGCGACUUCAGAACCAGUUGCCUGUACGCUAAAGGACUUGUCGAGGAGAAAGCUUUUGCGAAGCAGCAGUGUUCGCAGCCUUUCGAGGUUUCCGACGCCGUGGACAUUAGAACUGAGUGUGUGGAACAAGACGUAGACGACAAAGAAUCACUCAUCAGAACUGUUCUAGCAGACACCGAGACCGACUCGAGACUUGGAUUCGGCGCCUCUCAGAAGCAUCCGAGGAAAAUGUCCAGAAGAAAUGAGAGAGAGCGCCAGCGGGUCCGGAUGGUGAACAUGGGCUUCGCCAACCUACGAAACCUCGUGCCGGACGGGCGGACCAACAAGAAAAUGUCGAAGGUUGAGACCCUCCGCUCAGCGAUGGAGUACAUCCGGCAGCUGAAGGAGCUUGUGGAAGAGCACGAUGCGGUAACCGCCGUGCUGAGCCAAGCAUUCCCUCGGGCCCAGGCGCACCUCCCCCCGCCCAGUUACAGCUACGAGUCCGAUGGCUCCAGCAACCCCAUGUCGCCGGAGGAGGAGGCAGAGCUUCUCGACUUCUCGUCGUGGUUCUGAGAUGUGUGUGCUCCGUCU